GUACACGGAGGAAAUGGAGCUCGAUGAUGCUGUACACACUGCUAUACUGACGUUGAAGGAGGGAUUCGAGGGACAGAUCUCCAGCAAAAACAUUGAGAUUGGCAUUAUUGGAUCAGACAAAGUAUUCAGAAUUCUCACGCCAACUGAAAUCGAUGAUUACCUACAAGAAGUGGAAUAGAUUUUCUUUCCUGCUGAAAGGAAUUGGAAGCCGUUGUUGGGUGAAAAACUUGGACAGGGGCAUAGCACAAGCACACCUAUUGGAGGUUCUUGUUGGCUUGGUUAAAAUUUGACGUUUAAUCAAACCGAACUUGGUUGUAUGUUGGACAUGUCAUGGUUAUUUAUUGCCUGAUUUAUGCUCUGAAUUAACAGAUUGUUCAAGUGUUGCCUUAAACACAUAACAAAAAGAGUAGCAUUAUAUUGGAUGACCAACCCACUUAAUGUCCGAGCAAUAACUUUGAGAACAUAAAGUAUAUACUAUGUUUUCUUUGUUUUGAUAA